AAAGCUAACCAUGACCAAGAAUCCGUCUAAUCCUGUUUGCCAUUGAUGGCUUCACCCAGUUCUUGGGAACGCUCCCUCACCACCGAAAGGUCCGAUCCCCUGCACUGCUUCUCAUGCAUCCGAUGAGACCAGAACUCCAUCAAUACUAAAGAGGAAACCGAGGCUCAACAUCUCCGCCUUCCUCACCGUGUUCUCUGGCCGCUCCUCGAACACUAACACGACAUGUACAUGUUCUCCAAGUCGUGUCACGGACAAGCAGCACAAUCAAGUUGCAGGCGGGACAUGCGAAGCCCCGAGACGCCAUUCGCGCUGUGGAUGAUCUUGCCCUUCGAUUUCUCAGUGAGCAGGGAAGAAUCGCGCACAUCAUACGCUGCCCAGCCCCGAUGGAGCCACCAGCGGCACCCGCCUUCGAAGAUUCGAGGACUCGAUCGAGAGCUCAUCGUCACGAUCGUCGCGGGCGGAGACGAAUCCAUGGUCUCGAUCACCUCCUCGCCUCUUCCGCUCCUACCAAUCUGGUAGUGUUGAAGACCCCACAAGACCAUCCCGUAAAAGAAACCCUCACCAAUUCCAUUCCCAAAUCCCUGAUAAACUGCCAUCCCCCACCCUAGAAUACCGAGGGGGAAAACCAAGAAAAAGAACGGGCGAAAAGGGGCAGAACGAGCCAAAACCUUGUCCUAACCCUAGAAAAGAACGGAUUUCGAGUCUCCCUGUCAGAGGAUUUACCUUAUGCAGCUCGAAGAAGACGGGGAGGGCUCAAGCGGUGGAAGAAUAUAGCGCCUCGACGCUCACACGGCGGUCGCCGUCUCCAUGUGGGAGUGUCAUCCGCGAGGGACGGCAACCCAGAGGAUGCCACCGAGAGAGAUCGAGGAGGAGAACGAAGAGAUGCAGAACCAAUUCGGGGUCCACUGAUCGGACGGAUAAGCACCAACGAGCAGGUGGAAUCAUCGCCGACCACGUGUCAUCCCGUUGGUGCUGAGCAUAACGGCUUUAACGACAUUCCCGCCAUGAGUUCCCGCCUGAAGACCUGCUCUCCAUUCUCAUUUCUCCUGUUCCCUCCCCACCCUCCCAAUUAAUCCCUCCCUCCCCACUCCGCUUUCGUUCUUCCUUCAUCUCUACAGCUCUCAGUCGAAGAAUGGAUGAGGAAUACGAUGUUAUAGUCCUUGGCACCGGCCUCAAGGAAUGCAUCCUCAGCGGCCUCCUCUCUGUCGAUGGGCUCAAGGUGCUUCACAUGGACUGGAAUGACUAUUAUGGCGGCGAGUCGACAUCUCUUAAUCUCAUUCAGCUCUGGAAGCGAUUCAAAGGCAACGACAAGCCGUCAGAACAUCUAGGCUCGAGCAAGGAGUACAAUGUCGAUAUGGUCCCUAAGUUCAUGAUGGCCAACGGUGCUCUGGUUCGUGUUCUCAUCCACACCAGUGUUACCAAGUAUUUGAACUUCAAAGCAGUUGAUGGUAGCUUUGUGUACAACAAAGGGAAGAUAUACAAAGUACCAGCCACUGAUGUUGAGGCACUGAAAUCUCCAUUGAUGGGACUUUUCGAGAAACGCCGUGCCCGAAAGUUUUUUAUCUAUGUUCAAGAUUAUGCAGAGGAUGAUCCAAAGUCGCAUGAAGGACUGGAUUUGCAUAAAGUUACAACUAAAGAAGUCAUUUCCAAGUAUGGACUGGAAGACAACACCAUUGACUUUAUUGGGCAUGCAUUGGCACUUCAUAGAGAUGAUAGCUACUUGGAUGAGCCUGCAAUUGAUACCAUAAAGAGAAUGAAGCUAUAUUCGGAUUCAUUGGCACGCUUUCAAGGAGGUUCUCCAUAUAUAUAUCCUCUUUAUGGUUUGGGAGAGCUUCCUCAGGGGUUUGCUCGUCUAAGCGCUGUUUAUGGUGGCACCUAUAUGCUUAACAAGCCAGAAUGCAAGGUUGAGUUUGAUGCAGAUGGAAAAGCCUCUGGGGUGACAUCUGAAGGAGAGACUGCUAAAUGCAAAAAAGUAGUCUGUGAUCCUUCUUACUUGCCUGAUAAAGUAAAGAAGGUUGGAAGAGUGGCACGUGCUAUAUGUAUAAUGAGUCACCCAAUCCCAAAUACCAACGAUUCACACUCAGUGCAGAUUAUACUUCCACAGAAACAACUAAGCCGCAAGUCAGACAUGUACGUGUUUUGUUGCUCUUAUACUCACAAUGUUGUGCCAAAGGGAAAAUAUAUUGCUUUUGUUUCGACUGAAGCUGAAACGGAUCAUCCCGAGAUGGAACUGAAGCCCGGGAUCGAUCUGCUUGGACCAGUAGAUGAGACUUUCUUCCAUAUUUAUGAUAGAUAUGAACCUACAAACAACCAUGAACACGACAACUGCUUCAUAUCCACUAGUUAUGAUGCAACGACACACUUCGAGUCAACCGUACAAGAUGUCAUCUCCAUGUACAGAAAGAUAACUGGAAAGGAGCCUGAUUUGACUGUGGACCUGAGUGCUGCCAGUGCUGCUACAGAAGAUGCUUAAUCUUUCCUCCAUGGAUGGCCUAUAUUAAUGAUCCCAUCUGUGCUUUCUGUUUCACAGUUGAAGACUACAUUACCCUCUCUCUUUUUUUUUCCUUCUCUCUUUGAUGAUGAAUUUGAAUUCAUUCAAACAAGUUAGUUCUGUGCCAUUUUUGAGGAGCCUGAAAGCUCGACUAAGUUCCUUGCCUACAAUAUAUGAAUCGAAUCAUCUAUGUAUUGAUUUAAUCUCUUCCAUUAGAUUGGGUUUAUCCUGUAAACAAGGAUGGAAUGAGUUGAUGUAGUAGAGGGAAUCUCCUUUGAUUAGCUAAUUGAAUCUCUUUCUGUAGU